AUGAAGAAUCAACCUUUAAACAAACAGAAAGUUCCAGGAACCGGCGCGAAUAUUGGCUUGGUUGAAGGAUUUGAUUAUUUCAAAGGUACAUAUUCCUCCCAGGUGACGAACAACUGUGUCAAGACGUUCCUGGACGCGUCUUCCAAGUCGGCCGAAGUCAUGACGAUCCGUCUUGGGCAGGCUUCCCAUGGCGUUCAGGUGACGGUCACCGCCGCCGAGGUCAGCAACGAGUACGCCAAAAAGCUGGUAGUUUCCUAAAAAGUUCAUUUGAAUUUGAAAAUCAGGCCAAUUCGGAACAUUUUGAUGCGAUGCUCCAGGAAGCGGAAGAUCGACGGAAAGUGGGCGUAGCUUGUGAGAAAGCUCGUCGGUUCUUUGUUGAGGUAGCUUUUUUUUUGACUUCAGAUGAUCUUUUGAAUUUUUUUUUGUUCUUUACGACCAUGUCGGGAAAAUUUCGUAUUGAUUUUUCAAUUUUUUGAGGUCCAUUCAAGUUAAAUUCAGCAGUUCGACUUUUUAAGUUGGAGUGAUUCGGAAAAAGUGAUUUCUGAACGAUUUUUCCUGGUUUUUUUUUCUUUCAAGAAAAUCUUUAACAUAGAAGCUGUCUAUUUGAGGAACGAAGCAUCGAUAAAAAUUUAAAAAAACUUUCCAGCACAUCCUGACGCACAACCCCUUCCCACCGAAGAACAAGCUCGAAAAGCCGCAGGCCAAAAAACGUCAGCGUCGAAAACCUAGCGACGUAGCGACGUCUUCUUCCGUUUCUACAGAAUCCUCCAAUUCUCAACCAAGUUUCCAUGAUUAAACCAUCAAAUUUGAACCUUUAUAUUAUUUCCAGGCACGCUCCGAUCGCCAAAAAGCAGCCUGACCUCCGUUCACGCCAGCGACUCGUUUAUCAUCCCGCCAACCAAGCCGAAAAAGACCAAGUCCAGAACUUCCAGAAUCCGGGCCUCCGACACUAGGUUGUCCUUGACGUCGUCGUCAACAACCACGUCGAGGGGUUCGGUGAGGUCGAAGGUCUCAUCUUCGACGAGUUCGUCGCGGUCCAGCUGCACCUCGAGUCGGAGACUUGAGCCGAAAGACUCGCGGAUCUUCAACAGUUCGACGUCGUCAACGGACACGCCGUCGACGUCGCCGCCGUCGGCCUCGCCGGCGGUCAGCCCGACUCUUCUCUCUAUUCAUCAGAAUCUUCUUUUCCGUCGAUGA